ACAUUCAACCUAUUAUGGGGAGCCGUGGUCGAUUUACGAAUAUCAUUUCAUUCGUUUCAGAACAACUUUAAAUUGAUCUCCAUUAUAUCCGUCGUUUAUCAAUGCUUGGCGUUCUGCUGUUGCCUGCCCAUGCCUGAAUCUCCAAGUUGGCUGCUACAGAAAGGCUAUGUGGAACGAGCUCGCAAGUCGCUCAAAUAUUUUCGAGGUCUCUCAAAAAAUGAUAACAACAUUUACGAGGAAUUCGAAACAGAGUUGGCGCUCAUCAAAAAGAACUCGGACAUCAGUCGGACAACCGCUGCCAAUGAAUCGCUUCUGCAGGCCAUACGCGCACCGGAGGUCUACAAACCAUUGAUCAUGAUGAUUGGCUUCUUUUUCUUCCAACAGUGCUCUGGCAUUGUUGUUGUGAUUGUAUUUGCGGCACAAAUUGCGACACGCGCUGGUGUCUCUGCCGAUCCGCUGCUGGUGGCUGUGUUCGUUGGUGUGGCACGUAUAAUCACCACAUUCUUCAUGGGCAUGAUUUUCGAAAAAUGGGGACGUCGACCAGCUGGUAUAUUCUCAGCAACAGGUAUGACUAUUUGCAUGUUGUUGCUUGCCGCUAAUGGAUGGUGGCCAGUUAUCGGCGAGCAAGUGCCAUUAUUGUCUGUCUUCGCCAUUGUGCUGCACAUAAUCUUCUCCACGAUGGGACUGCUGACUUUGCCAUUCUUCAUGAUCUCGGAGGUAUUUCCACAACGUGUACGUGGCAGCGCCAGUGGAUUUACUCUGUGCAUUGGUCUACUGUUCUCCUUUAGUGUAGUAAAACUGUAUCCUACCUUGGAAGUUUGGAUAGGCACCGCUAAUUGUUUCGCCUUCUUCGGAGGGAUUUCCUUAUUGGGAGCGGCGUUCAUUUAUUUUAUUGUGCCCGAGACAAAGGGUCGCACACUACUGGAGAUUGAGAACUACUUUCGAACUGGACGGAAGGUGAGCAAUGCAGAAGUUGCACGUCGGCAAUCACAAAUAGCGAUGGAAGAGGCGGCGGGAAUAUAUCGUUCCGAAUUGGAACUGAACGAAGUAUUCUUGAAACUAAGUAAAGUAGACGAAGAUGGAGAAAAGAAACUGGAUGACAAAGAGUGAUAGACUACUGUAGAAGUUAAGAAAAAUCGACGCCAAAGAUAUUUUGUCGAAUGUUUUAAAUAUGAGUUUAAUUCGCCAUAUUUUUUAUAAUAACUAUAAUUCAAGUAAAUAUGUUUAAAUAAUUAGACUGUGAUGUAAGUUUGUAAGGUCUAAAAGUAAAGAGAGACUAUAUAUUUACUAUGAAUAAAGAACCCAACACGGAAGUGUUGUAAUAUGAAAAUAUUAGCUCUAUA